CUAGAUACAGUGUUUGGCCUUUAGCUAUUAUUUAUGGCCUUAUGGGGCAAUCAGCCGGCAACAAUCAGAGUAAAAUAAACGCGGAAGCAGUAGAUUUGAGAACCAUCUGAGGGAAUCGAUCGAGCUUAGCGGCGUAGGGAGAGCGGCCGUCGUUCAAGAGAUCAACGAGGAAUGGGUUGCAGGAAUGGAGAAGCGGAGACUACGUUGGAAAUGCGGGCGACCACUUCCGGUGAUGCGCUUCUUCUGGCCACGAUGUGCUCCGUGGGACGACCGGUCGAGGUACAGGUCAAGGACGGCUCCAUCUACUCCGGCAUCUUCCACACCGCUUCCCUCGAUGAGGGCUAUGGGAUCGUUUUGAAGAAAGCUAGGAUGAUUCAGAAAGGGAGAUGCUCUAAUUUAAAAGUAGGAACUUUUGUAGAUACUCUGGUUGUGCUUUCCAACGACCUUGUUCAAGUUAUCGUGAAGGAUUUUUCGCUUCUCUUUGAAGAAGAUAUUGAUUAUUCUUUUAGUGAUCGUUUGCGGGAAGGAAUCGAGGCAGCAGAUUCCUGUGGCGCAGGUGCUACAUCUGGGAAUGUUGACGAUAAUCAAGAAAUUAAAUCUAUCAAAUCUAAUGGGGAGGCUGACAUUCACGAGACACAUCAUGUGAAAAAAAUGAAGAAGUCUAUGAAUAAUGAUCACAAUGAUCUUGGAGAGAAAGAUGGUUGCUUAUGUAGGGAAGAGGUUGAAGAGCAACCUGAUAGGCCUGAAGUUCCAGUUUCAGAAGGUCAAGUUGGAGAUAGUGAGUCUCAUCUUGAAGCGAAUUCCAGCAGUCAUAUCGAAAUGGAUUCUUCCACAGACACAGUUUUAUGUGAAGCUCUCCAUUCUAGUUCUUGCUCCAAGAAAUCAACAACUGGAGACAAAAGCAGCAGCAGACCUUCAACCAGACCGUCCUCUUCAGUAUCAAGUGACGGUAAUUCUACUAUCUCCAACCUAUCAACAUCAUCAAAUCUCCCAGCUUCUGAAGGAAGCCCAUUUUGCAAUACUUGUAAGAAGGAAUUUAAGCUUAAUCCAGAAGCAAAAAUUUUUUUACCAUCAUUUUCUAGUGCUAGAUCCACUUCCACGGUCAUCCCUACUAUUAUGAAUACAAGCUAUGCAUCUAGCCUCCCUUCUGCAAUGCCAGCUGUUGCUGCACAGUCAAGUCUCGAGAUUAGCUCUUUUCCAGCUUGUGCACCUCUGCCUGCUAAAUUUGUGCAGUAUAAUCCUUUGGUUGCUGCACAAACUGGAAUCAGCAAUCAAUAUCCACAGCCUAUACCCGGACAACUCAAUGUGCGACAACAAGCAACCAGAUAUAUUGGGCAAUAUCAUCCGACUAUUCAGACGGGCACUGCAUAUAUGCAUCAGAACACUCAGCCGGUUAUGGUUGGACGGACAGGCCAGCUGGUCUAUGUGCAUCCCAUUUCUCAAGAUCCAACGCAUGGAGCCGCCGUUCUAUCACAAGGAUUCCCUGUGUUAACCCCUUGUCAAGCAAAUCUGCCAAAACUCCAAGGUACUCAGGCCCAGUCCUUGCAAUUCUGCAUGACGCCACCCCUCGCAACUGCCGCUCCGGUGCAGCCAUUCGUCUUACCCAGUCCUAUUCCAUUCUCGCCUUCUGUCCCCGUCAUUCGGCCCAUUACAGUGCCUGCCGGAACUGGUUUUUUUGGAAGCAAAUUUCAGUGAAACUCCUGCUUUUUCUUCGACCAUACUUCGUGGUAUUUUGGAAGCAAAUCUUUGCUAUUUUCUUAUAACAAGUUAUCCAUUAAAUAGCAUGCAUUACAAUAAGUGUGGAUGGUUGCAAGGUGCUUAUAUGAUUCUUUGAUUGAAUACUUUCUGAUAGUGAUAUGAAAUGGAAUUUACCUUUUUCUAAAGUUAAAACCUAUUUGCUGUUAAAUUUGCCCUGUUAUUUUCUUUGAAUUUGAAGUUUUUACAGUUAGGACUGAUUUCUCUCUACUGUUCUCAUGAUCUCAUUGU